UAUUCAUUAAUUAAAUAGCUUAGUCCAUGUAGGCCUCAAUUUGCGCUGUUGAGCAGGCAGCGGGUGGCGUAAUACUGGAUGCCCGAUUGGAAGCCCAUAAUCUGUGGGGAGAAGUCUGGAGAGACGGUGUGCAGUGAAAGCAACGAGGUGUGGUUGUGCCCCCUGUGUCAACAAGGGUUACCAGACAGGGGCUCCCUUUCUCUGCACCUGUCUGACAGUCAUAGUGUGCUCCCUAACUGUGUAGACAAGCUGCUGGACAUUGCUGCUCCCAAACAGGGGGCGAGUGGAGUGGACGGGGACACCGAUGUUCAGCAUGACGCAGAUGCUCCGUCAUUACAGCUGGAGCUUUUAGAAGCCUCCUCCGCCUCCCUCUCAGACUCGUGUCAUAAUAAUGAGAACACUGACGGACCCCAACAUAAUUCCGACAGUAGGCACACUCUCAUUGGGUCUGGAGACAAAGGUAAAGAGAUGGAUAAGGAGGCAGAGGGAGCUAGAGACCUGGAGGGAGGUGGAGUUGUCUUUGAGACGCAUCAGGAGAGCGAGAUCAGUCCACAGAAACACCUGACAACAAUGAAGAGUCAAGGGGUACAAAUUGUGUAAUGGCUGAAGGCGAUGACAGUCCUCCAUUCAAGUGUAAUGCGUGCUUAGAGGCUUUUCCUACCAGAACCGCAUUAAGUGUUCACUACAACUCUGCAUCCCAUGUGCAACGGAUGAGAACAGGAUCCCUCAAACAGGGUGGUGAAAAUGGGACCCCAGCCGCUCCCUCAGUCCCUUUUCUGUCUCGGCCAUAUCUAUCAAACAAGCCCUACCAGUGCACUGUGUGUCGUGUCUCUUACAACCAUGCCAUCACCCUGGAGAGUCAUUUGAAAUCUGUUUUGCACCAGACUCGUAGCAGAAAUGCAGGAAUCUCUGCCAACAGCGCAGGUGGAAAUUCAGGAAGGACCAAUAUGGCUACUAACUUAGUUGUUACGUCUGGGGGCAGUGCUGCACAGUUGGUUAGCACCCCCAGCAGCAAUUGUGUCACCCCGGCAAGCCUGGCUGCUGCAGCAAUGACUAACAAAGAUGGAGAUGCAAUUCAAACCCAGGCGUCUCCCUCACUGCUUUCCUCCCCUGUGACCUCUGCUCAGGCAGUCUCUGCUUUUCUCACCCUCCUCACGUCCAACCCAAGCUCUAUCUCACACUCCCUCCUCCCCUCCCUCCUCCCCUCUCUGUUUGCGGCUGGUGCAUCCCCUGCCACGGCCUCACCUCAGCUCGUAACCCAGACUCAGAUGCUCAUCCCCUUUAUCCUGAAUGGGCUCCAAACACAAAGCCAGAGACUAAACCCAGAGCUUCUGACCCAGUCAAUACCCCUACUAGGUCUCAAUGCUGCCCAGCAAGCUAUUCUGGCCCAAAGACUCAGUAGCUUACAGAACCAGUGGCCCGCUGUCGGUCUCCAAGCAAUCUCACAAGCCUGUUCAGAAGACAGCCAAACAAACAAGAGCAAAGUGAAGCAAGAUACAAACGAGGUGACAGCUGAGGAGAAAGGAUCACUUAAGGCUGCGAAGGAGGACAGUUGGUCCAUGGAAUCUGGUGAUGGAGAAAGAGAGAUUUGUGAGGAGGAUGGUAAGGGAUAUGCACAAGAGCAUCUCAGCACCUUAGUAGGCAAAAAUAACAGGGCUGAGUCAUGCAUGAUAGAUGGAGAUAUUGAAAUGAAAGAGAGCACAACAGAGAGCGGGAACUCAGCAGGUCACAUGGGGCCAGAUGAGAAAGGGGGGGACAAUGACAAGUGUAGUGACCGCUCACCGUCUGUUAGCAGCAACUCAAGCCUAAGUCCUACCACUUUAAAUCUUUUGCUUAGCCCUGAUUCUACCCCUCAAAAAUCUGAAGUUGGCACAAGCCCUUAUGCCUCUGUCUGCUCCCCGGAGUCUAGCCCCUCUAAACGCACCUUAAAUUCCCCCGAUUCAACUCGUCGCCCUGCUCAUUUCAGGGCUCGCCACUUCUCAGGCCCCCCGAUGCUGUCAGAGUUCCAGAUACAGGUUAUGCGUGCGUUUCUGGAGUCGCGUAGCGAGGCUGAUGCGGCCAGUCCUCCCCGUGACGACUGCGAGUCGUUGGGCAGGGAGGUGGGGCUCACCGAGGUGGAGGUACGCAAGUGGCUCACCGACGCCCGACGAGCCAAAGAGCGGCAGAUAGCUGGGGGAACAGAGCGCGUGAGCAGCAUUGCAGGCUAUGGUAAAAAAUACAAGGGUCUUGAUAACGACGAGGAGGAAGGUUGUCUUACAAUAGAUGAGACCGAGGGUGGGGUCAGCGAUGAGGCCUCUGGCAGUCACGCGAUGGAUUUGUCAAAUAGUGGAGGGCGUAAAGAGAUGGGGAAGGAGAGCCAAGGGGACUCGUGUCUGACCUCAGACAAUGAAGAAUUUUACACCUCUGUCAUUGUGAGUGAUGAGGACAGCCUGAGUGGCUCCAUGAGGCAGGGGCCAGGCAGCCCUGCUAAAGAGGAGGCUCUGGUAGAACUGUCAGGAGACAAGGGUUCAGGAGGAAAGGUGUUGCGCUCCACCACUGUGUUCCUCUCAGACGCUGAGGAUGACGAUGAUGCCGAGGAGGCCGCAGCUCAGAGAGCAAAGAGAAGAAAGAGAAAGAGGGAGUUGGAACGGGAGGAGGUAGAAGUUAAGAAGGAGAGACUAGACCCCGACGUGGAUUUACAACUAGAGGCCCAAGCUGAUCCUCCUUCCCACCUUCCCGUCACCAUUGACCAUCAACAGCUUCCAAGUGGUAUUCUACGCUCCCUCCCUCUGUCUCUGUCCCUCACUCCAUUCUCUAAUCAGUUCCAUAGCCCUUAUGUUCUCUCUCUCCCUCCCUCAGUGGUUGGGCUCGGGGUUGCAGAAGGAGAUGGAGGCAAAGUACCUGCCUUUCCAAACCCCCCUAACAUCACCCGGUUCUCUGACCCUCUCAUCACAUCAUCCCUCUCCUCCCAUACCCACACCUCCCACUACAUGUCUAAUGGAGGAGACUGUGAGGCUGCUUUAGAUCUCAGCAUUGGGAAAAGCAACAGCUCAACAUCUUAUUCCUCCACGUCUCUCACGGGUGACAAGACUUCAGCACAAAAGGGCCGUCUGCUUGAUGGACUCGGUCUAAGGCCCACAUCUUUUGGGGUACCUGGGGAAGGGAGACUCAUUGUGGUCAAGGUCAAACCUGAGCAAGCGACUUCCAACAGCAGUGGAAUUGUCAGUGGGAAUAACAUGGCCAAGGCCAGUACUGUCUACAUGAGAGAGAAAGAGGAGAGGGACCAGAAAGGCAGGCCCAAAGCACGGCGGUACCGCGACAUGAGACGUUCCAGGACCAUCAUCCAGGCUGAGCAGCUAAAUGUGCUUUAUGGCUGCUAUUUCAAAGACCCAAAUCCUGGGAAACACGAGUUUGAGCAGAUAUCAGAGUGGGUCCAUCUCCCAAAGAAAGUUGUACAGAUUUGGUUCCAGAACAUGCGGGCUAGGGAGCGCAAGGGUGAGGUUCGCUUCAUCAGUGAUGGCACUCUGGCAGCAGUGGGCAAACCACUCAUCAAGUUCACCUGGCCACUGUCACAACCCAUCUUCUCCAGCACCCCCAAAUCAAACUCCAACAGCAGCGUCUCAACUGUAGCCAAUCCAGUACGGGCCAUCCCAAAGAUGGAGGUGAAGAAGGAGGAAAAUGUAAAAAAAACAGUUCCAAACAGGCCCAAGGAGGUGGGCUCUUCCAUUUCCUCCGUGAGCAGCAGUGUGUCUGCAGUGCCAAAAACCAAAAUGGAGGUGACAAACAAUGUCACAAUGGUCAAAAUCGCCCCCAAAAGCAUCGCUCCAUCUCCCCCUGUCGUCCCCAAGGAAACCCGACCUACCCCGCCUCGCCCCCUUCCCAAACAUGCGCCUCAAGAGGAAGUUGGGGAAGAUGAUGAUGAAGUGGAUGAUCGUAACCAAGCGAAGCCACUCGCCAGGCCAGGAUCCACCAACCGCAUGGUGCCAAAACUGCCCUCGACGCCAAUUAGCAAGUCUCCUGCUGCGACGUCACAAAAGCAAAAUGGGCUCAAUUACUGGUCGGCCAAGGGCCCCUUUAAGAUCAACACACUGUCUAGGGAACAGUUGGGUCUGUCAGCACCCCGUACCUUCACAGCUGUCGGUGCAGCUGCUGCCCCCACUGCCAUCACCAUUUCUGCCACGUCCUCUGCUCCUGCUGCUGCCACGGCAACUACCACCCCCACCACCACCACCACAACAGCAAGCGCAAGUAAUCAAACCACAGUCAGCAUUGUCACCAUCGCUAAGACCUCUCCAUCGGAGAGCAGCUUCCUGCACCACUCCACCACCCGCAGGCCACGCACACACCUGUCCUGCCUGCAGCUGUCCAUCCUGCAGUCAUGCUAUGAGACGUGCGCCCACCCUAACGCCAUGGAGUGUGAGGCGGUAGGGACAGAGCUGGGGCUGCCGCUCAAGGUGGUCCAGAUCUGGUUCCAGAAUACCCGCGCCAAGGAGAAACGCUGGAGGCUGCAGCAGGAGAAACUGUCUCCUGUGUCGUCAGAUCCCUCCAAGACGAUUGACAUGAGCUCGGGCAGCUACCUGCAGUACAAUGCUCUGCGAGCCCACCGUCCCAUCCUUCCCAAACCGGUUCAGCUGACCGUCCUGGAGCCCUCUUCUCCCCCAGCCGGGGGCCAGCCUGCAGGCCGAGAGACGCUGAGAGGCAAGUGCCAGGCCUGCAACACAGGCUUUGAGUCCAGAGCAGCAGCAAGGUCCCAUGUCUUCUCCCUUCGACAUUUAGCCACUCUGAGAACCACUAACUUUGGCCAGCCAGCGACCAUCAUCAACAAUAAAUCUGAUAGCGGGUCUAUUUCUGUUUCCGCCUCCGGGUCUUGUGUGGAGGACCCAUCAGCUUCCCCACCCUUACCCAGCAGCACCAGCUAAGGCACCCAUCAGUGCUGGUAAAGACUGGACCCAUUGGGCUCCUUAAAUGUUUAUAAACACAUUGGGCACUGGUCCUCCAAGCUAAUAUUCUUUAAUGUGUGAUGGAACGGCCCAGUCACCUACCACCCUUGCUCCCUCGCAUUGGAUGUCUUUCUCCCGAGUUCUUGUGUCCAAACUGGAUACACUGUUGUCACACUGCUUCACCAAAAGUUAUCAAAUGAGUGAACAUUUACCAGUCCCUUAUAUUGUCCUGGGCUGCGGUUAUAAUCUUGUCCUUAACCAUCCUGGCCCAGUUUUUAAAUCACUCUUAUAAUACUUGUGUAUUAUCCCUAAAGACUGUGCUUAUGCAAAAAAAAAACAAUUAGGCCAUUAUCUGACUGACUAAAAAAAGACUGCUGGGAUUACUUGUAACUGUAUAGAGUUGGACCAGAAAUGAGAAGUAGCUCUGUUUUUUAGUGGCGUUGAACUUGCCAUCUUGAUUGUGUGUCACUACAAGCUUUCUGUAUGGAUACAGGUGGCGUGUGUUCAGAUGGUGUAUGCUACUUCACAU